GGCAGAUAAGACUGGCAGUAUCGCUUCUAUUGACCACAGUUAAGUAUCGUGCUCCCGAUUGUUCUGUUCUCGCCAUGAUAGAACGCCAGAAAGAGAUGCAGAAAAACGCCUUUUCUGUAGCACAUAUUGCGUGCUUUCUACUCUUGGCUUCGGUGUCGUUUUUCAAUAUGUACAGGGUGUUUUUAUUGGAAAAUCAAAUGCAAGAUGUUCGAGAUAACUUGGAUAAAUGCGAAAGUACUAAUUUACAAAAAUACCUAGAGAAAUAUGAUACCAUUUACAACAACGAGCUUCACCAAACAGAAACUAGAAAUCGUAGAAGCAUUCGGAAUAAUGAUCCGGAUAAAACUGCCGAUCAAAGUACCGAUGAUGCCUUUACAGUUACAAAGCAAUCUGUGUCAGAAUUACCUGCUUCCAUUGAAUCUAAUAGAUCCAAUCAAAAAGGUGCCGGCACUCCUAAACAGUUUCUCAACAACUAUAGAACAAACUCCAAAUUGAUGCGGUGGAAUGACGUAACAGGUUCGCAAUAUAUUGCCAAAUCGCUGGAUUCUAAUGAAUUUAAUAGCCGAAGCUCCGAAAUAGAAUUUCCACUGGUAAGAGAUGAAGAUGUAGUUACCAGGAGAACUCGAAACAGAAUGCAAAAUUUGGAUGAAAGACAUCCGCGAACUGGCAGAAUCAAACCUCUUCCAUCCAUUCAUUUGAGCGGCGACACUUCCAAAUACAUUUUGGGUACUCAUCAUAAUUUCAGAGGAAAUGGUCACCUAAGACACUUGCAAAAUAUAUUUGUUGAUUGGAAAGCAAAUGGAUGGGUAGAAAAAACAGGAAUGAUGAGUCACUUUAUCUUAGAGGAUGGCUAUUUAACUAUCAGAGAAUCUGGAUUGUAUUUGGUUUAUGCGCAGAUCUACUACUUAGACGAACAUGAUAUCAAUGGCUACAGAGUAUACAAAAAUGACGAUUCUAUUCUCCAAUGCACUAUUUCAUUACAUUCUGGUACUAGAAGUCAAAAAGGCAAUACUUGCUAUACUGCCGGAGUUGAGCAUAUAUCAGAAGGAGACAAAAUUAGUUUGGGAGAUAUUUUGGAUGGGCACUAUUCUUUGUUUGAGCCAGGAAAAUCAUUUUUUGGAGCUGUUAAACUAGGAGACAUUCGAACUAGACCAUAAGUAACCUGUAUGUCUACAUUGAGGGCAUAAAGUCUGGAAUAAAAAAAUAUUCGAAAAACUGUUGAGUUUACACCCUGUAUGUAACAAAAUUUUGAACAAAAUCGACGUGUUCCAGGGAUUUUUCAUAGAUGCCACUAUUUUUAAAAUGAUUUAAUUAUUCCAGACUUUUACGACCUCAUUAUUUAACCUGUGCCAUGUAUUUAUUGCAAAAGUUUGUUCUAGAAACUAGAGAAAAAUUUAUAUUUUUAAUAAUAAAGAAAGAUUCAGUAUUGUAAAUAAAUCGAAAUAUCUUAUGCAGCUGGUAAUUUUUAAUUACACAAUACAAU